AUGGGGGAAUGGUUCUGCGACAUUCUGUGGCUCAUUGGACUAAAUGGGGAGUUUGAUGAGAAUGAAGGACCCAAUUUUUGCGUCGGCCACCAACGCGAGGACCCGAAAGCGGUGGGUGGUCAAGGCUGUGCAGCAACGGAAGCGUUGUUUUGCCAAGUCAUCAACCCCUCGGAUGGAAUUAUAGUGGCGUAUGACAACUACACAGCCCGAGCCAUGGUUGAAGAGUGCGAACGAUGCUACUCAGUUAUACCGAAAUUGAAACACUGGUCGGAUGUAGCGUAUCUCCAAUGGCUGUCGAAAGCCAACGAGAAGUCAAACCUACGUUACGUACUUCGACACAACGUCCUCAACGAUGUCACGCGCUCCGCCGUUACCUAUCUAAUGUUACAGGGCAGACUCGUUGUAAAAGAAUGGCCGGGGACAACAUACGGCGCAGGCUCAGUGGAGUUCAAUGCAUUAUUAGGCUCACCGAAUGGUUCCGGGGUCGCUUACCUCCUCAUACAGCAUAGGAAGGGACUGGGUCACAAGACUGUCGAUAAGGUUACUAUCUUCAAGGAGAAGUGGGAUGUCAUGUUGCUGUUCCACAUCACAGAUGUUGGCGGUGACGAUGCCGAACGCGUGUGA